AUGGUUCCCACGACAGUUCCCACGUACACUACGCUCAGAUACGUGAUUGAUCACGUCUUCUUGCCGCCCCAAGUCCACAAGCAGGAAGAUGACUUCAAAGUCGACCGAAGCAACGCUCUUCUUUCCAUGUUUCUCGGCAGUUUGAAAUCAUACGCAUCGUUGCCGGCUAAUGUCUCUCCGAGCUGGACAGCGUGCGUUGAUAUGAUUCAGACGAUGGACGACCUGCAAGGUUCCUCUCUUGCCCUGGAUACGAAGAGCCUUCUUGCCAAGUUCGACGCGUUGGCUGACGGAGAUACUAUCGCACUGCAUAUCAGAGCACAGAACGCAGCCCUACUUAUCCGCAAACACGAUCACGAGACUACCUUCGAAGUCUUCGAGCUUUCCCCAACUACCGAUGCCGUCAUGGGCUGCAAGUCACGUCUACGUCGCUCGUUUCCUGGGCCCGCCAUACGCAUCGCCAACACCGUUUUUGCGGACGCAGCGUUCCUGGAGCCGCUAACGGAAAUGCUCGUGAAGCUAGACUCGGAGACUCCCACGGAGGUGGACCGAAGCACCACAACAACCAAGGCCAACUCCACCGUCUCGGAGAGUCGUCAAAACACUGAUCCAAUGAUGGUGACCGGCCUCCUCAUAGGCGCUUUGCGUGCUGCCGGCACCCCUGCCCACAACGUAGUCCGCAUUGAGAAGAACACGCGCGACGACGUUCUGUGGAAAGACGCCUUGAACCCCUGGCGACGAUCACCACUGUGGCUUCUACUUCGUGUCGCCAUCGAGACAACGUUAGUCCAGACCGGAUUACAGGAAGGAACUCGUUAUUUUAAGUCGUUCAUGAUCUUCUUCUUCAGUCAGGUCCUGCAGACUGCACUGGACGAAUCACGCAACAUUUCGAGCGACCUGCUCUUUGUGAUGAAAACUAAGAUCUGUCGGCGCAUGUUGAAACUAGGUCAGACGACGCCUUCCAUACCUAGUGUUGAUAUAAUUCUCCACUCGGCCCGAGAGAGGUUGAACAGCUGUUGGGAGAAGCUGCAGGGUGACAAGGACCCGCAUCAUAUCUGGAAGCAGUGGGACAAGUUUCAGUCACACAUAUCUUUUGAAGAAGAUACAAAGCUCGCACUCAAAACCUUCCGCGGAUACCUGGGAUCCCUCUCCACCCGAGAACUAACCUCCGCUGCCGAAACCGCUUUCGAGCCCGCGCGAUUGAGUCGCAUCCGCCAGUGCAACCAGACUCUCCCCAACUUAGACUGUCUAAUCUCUGCCGGGCCCCGUCAGAAGCAUGUUUUGCUCACUGAUUUUGAAUGCUGGGUUGAUACUUGCCUUCCCGAAUGGCUGAGUCACAACAUCCAAGACUCAGACACGACGAGGAAACUUGCAAGUUUACUGAAAUGCUAUCCCGAAACAGGGCGGCAAUUUUACGAAGGCAAUCCUGUGUUGCUAUCCAAGAUGUUUCUCACGACUAUGGAACUCUGGAUUGCAAUGGAUCGAUCCACUAUCACUCUGCAUUCUCUCGUCGCGAACUAUUACCCGAGCUUCCCAUCCACACUCUUAGAACCAACCCUUUUGCCGUCGAAGCGACAACUGACACGACUGUCUUUGAUUGAAAAGUACAUGAAAUCUCGGGACGCUCCAGUCGAUCUUGGGAACCGUUUGCACUUCUUGUCUACCAAGGAUGAUAGCCUGCCAGUUCGGUAUUACGAAGGCUCACCGCAUCACAUGUGGCUUCGUCAGUGCAUAGAGGUUGAAGCGGCUAGGAAGCGAGAAGAAAAGCGGGAUGAGUUCGAGCGGUUGAAGACCGAAUACAGGAACCUCUCAAACGAGUUCGCCAAUAUGAGCUGCAAUGAGUCAACUUUUUGGAGCGGCAGGCGGAUGGUCACUGAUCAUGUGAAUCACAAUUGCAAUAAAUGCCAGCUGAAGAUCAGGAUAGAGAAUAUGCGGAUUGAUGUCCACGAGUGGCCAUUGCCUUCCGACAACGUUCAAGCGAAGCUGGUCGUCUUUGAGCUCGACGUACCCGAAGCGAUCCGACAGUGGCGAGAUGUGACGUACUGGCUUCAGGCUGAAGUUCUUGCCAAGCAGACUUCCGGGUCGGAACAACAGCUGUAUUGGCUUCGAAAUUAUGAUGGUCUGCGAAAUUAUUGGGGACCGACGUGGGGAAGAUUGCAAUUAGGAUCAUACGAGAAAUCUUUCACCAUCUCGCAUUACCGGUCCAAGGCCGUCUCGACUGCCACCGAGGCAGACGUAUUGCUCAACCAUGGCAUGAGAUACGAUCUACGGGAUUCGGACCGAGAGCAAACAGCGAGUAGUUGUAUCGGCGAUUUCACAAUUCGCGCGGCGUGCACUCUCAAACUUCCCUGCGACCCUUACAGGCAGCUUCAAAACACCCUCUGCAACACCACUCAUACAUCGAAUGAGAUCAUAGCUCGUCAAUGGCAAUGUUCCCCGGCCAUGACUCUCCACGAAUUUUAUGCGUUUGGCGCUCUGCGUGCAGGUCAUCGCCUUCAAUGGAUAAACAUAGCGAGGGAGCUGACUGAGAAUGUCCUCUCUUUCGGUAAAUACGAGGUGUGUGCCUUGUUCCUGCAAGCCUCUUUGCAAGCUGGGCCAGCGGGGAUAUAUUCAAUUCUUCGAGAGUCUCACGAGAUAUUGGAACAGAAGCAUGUUAGCCUAGGCCUACUCACCGCACUCGAAGAAGGUCUCUCAGGCGUCGAAGCAAAUUGGCAAGGCGCGAUAGCAGCCCGUUUGUUCACCGUUCUUGCGUCUCGUAUCCUGUCCCUUACUGCUCAGAAAGAUGUAGCAGAAAAAGCUGAACUCUUUUUGCGCCGAGUUCGCAAGAUUGUGCUGGGCUGGACACGAGAGCUUCAAGGGAAACUCCAAAGGAGCACCGACGAAGAGGAGCGUACUAAUCUCCGGUCUCAUUGUUUGGAAGUUGCAUUGAUCGGCCACUUGACUUUGGGAGUCAAUAACGAAUACGUGCCGUCGCUACUCACAGACCAGUCAGACAUUUCCGAUGCCGUUGAACUCAUGGUCUCCGUCCGCGACAACUCUCCAACAGUAGAAAAAGAUGUUGAGGCUCCGCUCCGUCAAUUACUACAAGAGUCAACCGUGCUAUGUCUUCGGCUCGAAGAUCGGAUUCGGAGCCUGGUUCUUGCUGACAACUCAGGUCUUGACCAUGUCACCAGGCAAAUCUGGACAGCUUACCGGCCUUCUGCAGGAUGGAUGGCUCUUCCAGCUCCGAAUCAGCAUUGGCUUACCACCAAGACACAAUCUACGCCCACACAGAGCUCCUCUACCGUCCAUCUGAACCUUUUGACCGGCCAGCUACUUGUUAAAGGGAAGCCGGUAUCAAGACUCCCUUCGCACUACGAAUCUCACAAAACUUUCCAGCGACUCUUUGGCGCUAAAAUCCUCGAUGUUAUUCCAUCCAGCUCAGACGGGAUGGAAUUUGAAGUGCGUGAGCAAAUUGAAAGUCACCAGGUCCAUUUCAAAAUGGUCCAUUCCGAGUUGGUCAUCAGAACGAUUAACGCGCAAGGCCAAGUGUUUGAACUAGUCCCGACAUGUGCCCUAGAAGGGGAUUUUCCCAUUGUAUUCAUCGAAGAUUUCCAUCACUGGCGCAACGUGGUCACUGGCGUCGUGGAGUGGCGUCGACUUUCAUCGCCAUGGGGUCGAGAGCAACGCCCGUGGGAGCUCAUUCCCGAUGGCCAAGACGUAUACCAAUUGAAACAAGGAAUCACAGCUCUCGUAGAGCCCAAAAGCCCCACAGGCCGCAGUCUGUCCUCCUUGCUCCAUCCUCUGGAGCAUAAAACUUACCUUCAUGCUAUCCUGGAUGCGAAUACGAAGGAGGUUGCUGUCCACCUCCCGCGGCUGAAUUUGAAUUUCGACCUGGGGCCUGACAUGUCCGAUUUGAAGUCUAGGCAAUUUAGAGGGCUGGUAGUAGACCGAGAUCAGGCUAUCGGAACAUUCACCGGGCUACGAUCGAAGCUCGUCCUCACCACGCCUGGUGGUACUGGGUGCGGUAAAGAGCGAUGCGUGAUUGUCCCAUUUGGAGACGUUCAAUUCGCCCGCAGUGUUGAUCACGUCGAAGUCAGCGUGAAGACUGAUGAGGCCGCACGUCAGGUCGGGUACUACGCCUACGAUUUGGAUCUCAACUUGAGAAAGCUGACUGGCAACACUACUUUGAGAGGCAAUCUCUAUAAGACGUAUCUCCACGCCGUGACUGCACACUGUCUACCAGACAAAUUGACAGCGACGACCGGCACGGAAGAGGCCCUUGAUUGCAUCCGGAGCGCAUCUAUGAGAUCAUAUGAUAAUCCCUCGAAAGAUGAACAUGAGCUUCUCAAGAUUAUCGCUGAUCUUACGCCACGCCGUAACUUCUACCCGCUGCACCUGAAGGUAAUGCAGACAGUAGAUUGGUCUGAUCUGCCGCCGCUUUCACAACACAAUGCGUUCGCCACGGAGGUCGACAGAAUUCGUCGGCACUAUUCAAAGCUCAGCUUCUUGCAAGGUGAUCAGGUUGAUACAGCUGUCGAGGAUUUGACGGACGGCGAGAAGUUCCUUAUGGAGCGAGCCGCUCUCCGCGACGCGGUAUUUUGCCUUGAUGGCUUUGGGGCGGAGACUUACACCACACAGCACGACGUCGCAUACGAUACUAGUGAUCGCGGUUUCGUCCGUGAAGGCGAGCUCCGAUCAUACGCCGCUGCCAGACUAGCGUGUGACUGGACCGUUGAUCUGGGUUCUGGGUUCAACAUACAAUCGUACUUGGAAGGCUUUGGGAAUGUCACUAUCAACGGCGUUACUGGCCCCUCACACCCCAAAGAUGCCAUGAUUGAACAGUUGGGGUACGAUCAAUCUUGGCUUGCGGAAGGGAAGGCAUUCCUCCCGGAUCUAUGGUGCGCACUACAGCAUCGCUUUUCUCAUAACACCUUUAAUCUAAAGAAAGGCUACGCACCGCGAAAUGCUGACCUUGUCGAAAUGGCCAAUCAUCACGCUAAAGACUGGGCAAAUUCUCCGGAGUCUGAUCUUGCACAACUACCAGGUGAGUCUAGCGCGGUCUUCUGGAAUCGCUGUCACGAACUCUACGAGAGAGCUCUGAGUCAAUCUGCGCAUACAUUCGCCGAUACUCUCAUGCCGCAAUGGAGAGUACCAUUCCGCGAUAAUCAUCCGCUUCUCCUAGUGCCUGGAAAUGACAUCGCCAAAUACAUCCACACGGCAGAUGCGAUCGGGGAUGUCCGAACACGCUUUCUAGAAUGUGCUCAGAAUAACGAGUUGCUGGACUACGUGAACAAAGCGCAGACUACAUUGAAUGGCCUGAGCCGAAUGGUCGGGGUGCCCGAUUCGUACCUGGUCCCAUCGCCAGCGCCCAGAACGCCUCCAAGAAAUAGGUCCAUCCGGUACCUUGAUGUAUUCCAGGCAACUGCACCAACGUUGAUAAAUCAACAGAAGACCGGAAUCUUCACUCCGUUCCUGGAGCCCAAGGUUCACACCAAGGCGGGGGUUCAAAAGCAACGCAUGGAGGCGUUGCUAACUCUGCUUCGCACCAAGCCCGAGGGUAGAUUCGACCAAAAGUACGCUGAAGACUUGCAGCGAAGCUACGAGUCUCUCGAGGCCUCCGAGGCCCUCCCGGAACUUUGUGGCUCGAAGGAAGAUUUGAAGGCCGCAAUUCAAUAUCAUCUGGAGUCGUGUAAUCGGCACGUUGGGUAUAUAUACAACCGCAUUUGUGAGGCAAUGCGAACCGGACACACCCAGAUGGCGGCCCGCAAUAUUUGGUCUGACCUUGCGCCACGUCUCUCACCUUUGUCCUUGCUACAGCAUUUGGCAUACCCAAAGCGAAAAACUUUGGAUGAAAAAUGGAAGCGAGUUUUGAUCCAGUACGGUGUAGCACUUACGGAACUUCAAUGUGCGCAGCGACUUGUCAAAGCCUGCAAAGGCUAUGUCGAGAAUCCGGUGGAUAUUGUGAAAGAGCUCACUCACCCAGGCCAUGAGGGUUGGAAUCCGAACACACGUCCCGAUUGGCUACUUCUGGAACUUGAGGGUAAUCUCUUGAUACGUCCAGUGCAAGCCCGAAUUGCAAUGGAAAUGAUCGAACCAUCAUCGAAUUUGAACUCAAUCCUGCAACUUAACAUGGGAGAAGGCAAAUCCUCCGUCAUCGUACCAAUUGUUGCGGCAUUUCUCGCCGAUACGACACAAAGGCUCGCGCGGGUGGUUGUGCUGAAGCCAUUAGCUCCCCAAAUGCUUAACACGCUAAUUUCCAAAUGCAGUGGCUUGCUUGGUCGACCUAUUUACUACAUGCCUUUCUCUCGAUCACUUCGGGUGUCAGUCGAACAGGCCGUCUGGAUUCGAGAGCUGUACCAAGAAUGUAUGCGCGUAGGCGGCAUUCUCCUCUCUCAGCCAGAGCAUCUUUUGUCUUUUGAGCUGAUGGGUUACGAGAGCAUCCUCUCCAACCAACUGCAGGUGGGAAGGGAGAUGAUCAAGACUCAGCAUUGGCUACACAGACACGCGCGAGACAUCCUUGACGAGAGUGACGAAAUUCUAAGUGUUAUCUUCGAGCUUAUAUACACGAUGGGCACGCAACGUCAAAUUGAAUUCAGCUCCGAUCGAUGGAGUCUGAUUCAGAGUACCUUGGGAAGAUUCUCUGAGCUUGCGGUCAAGACGCUCGCCGCAUUCCCCGAGGGCGUCGAGGUGGAAGCAAAGAACGGACUCGGAAGCUUCCCUCACAUUCGCAUUGUUCAAACAGCAGCCGGGGAACAUCUCCUCAGGAAUCUCGCCUGCGACAUCUGCUCCACCGGGCUGUCGACGGGUCUAUUGAAAGUCCGAAACCUACCACCACAAACCCGCGACCAGCUCAUCAAACUCAUCACAGAUCUUAGGGUGUCGAAACAAGAUAUCGAGUCGUUGCUCAAAAUGAAGGAUGACAGCAAGAUGGAUGAGUCGAUGUGGAGCACAAUCCUUGUUCUCCGGGGCAUGAUAGCGUGUGGAGCACUUAGCUUUGCUUUCAAGGAGAAGCGGUGGCGUGUUCAGUACGGUCUUGACCAAAGUCGCUCACAGCUUGCUGUUCCAUUCCGCGCCAAGGAUAUGCCAUCCGCCCGUGCCGAGUAUAGCCAUCCUGAUUCCACCAUCAUAUUGACUUGUCUUUCCUAUUACUACAAGGGACUUGCAAAUGAGGAGCUCCUAAAGGCCUUUGACGCGCUUUACCGCUGCGACAAUGCCCAAGAAGAGUACGAAGCUUGGAUCCAUGACGUCGGACUCGAAGACAUACCUCUGGCGUUCCGGCAGGUCAAAGGGAUCAACCUCCAGGACGUCGAUAUAUGCAAUACUAAACUCUUUCCACGUCUCCGUUUUGCCAAGGGAGUGAUUGAUUUCUAUCUCUCGCAUCUAGUCUUCCCGAAAGAAAUGCGCGAGUUUCCUCAUAAGCUAUCUUCCUCAGGCUGGGACAUUGCGCAGACGAGGGCCCACCCAACUACUGGUUUCAGUGGAACAAACGAUAGCAGGUACAUCCUUCCGCUGUCAAUCGAGCAAUGCGAUCUUCCAGAGCAACUGCACACCAACGCGAUGGUCAUGUACAACCUUUUGGGAGACGAAAACAACUACCAGCGAAUUCAAGAACGGCCCGGACUAGGAACGACCGUCAACGCGAAGUUGCUGCUCUCUAAUGUUGUCGCCUCACGGCCGCCGGUCCGUGUCAUCAUUGAUGUUGGUGCUCAAGUUCUUGAUCUUCAAAACGAACAAGUCGCGCGUCAGUGGCUGGAGCUCACGAGGGGUCAACAAGACGCGCAAGCAGUGGUAUUCUUCAACGAUGAGGACGUUCUUUUUGUCCUUGAUCGCAACGAGACGCUGGAACCUCUCAACGUUUCUCCGUUCUUACGUCAAAUGGACCGAUGCCUAGUGUAUCUCGAUCAAGCACAUACACGCGGUACUGACCUAAAGCUUCCAGACUACAGAGCUGCCGUCACGCUAGGUCCGCUGCUGACAAAGGAUCAAUUUGUGCAAGCAUGUAUGCGCAUGCGCAAUCUUGGCAAAGGUCAGUCCGUCGUCGCCUUUGCGUCGAAAGAGAUUGAGAUGCAAAUCCAAAGCUGCAGCGGCACAUCUACCGAGGACAGAAUUGGCAUGAAAGGCGUCUUGGAGUGGUGCAUUCGGAAUUCGUGCGCAAAGGCGAAAAAAGAGCUCUUGUUGUGGGCACGGCAAGGACUACGAUACCAGAAGCAGCAGUGCGCCCUGGAAGUGAGCGAAAGGGACUCGGAGGGUAACCUCUCUUUGGAAGUUGCGAAAAUGCUUCUCGAGCCCGAAGCACAGAGUCUGGAAGAGCGAUACGGCUUGGACUCGUCUAGAUCACUUCACAGCAUCGCUACUGAUUCCGAAAAAGAGUCGAUGACCCAUCGGAUAGAUCAGGUCAAUGCGAUCAUCCAAAAGUGCUUGGAGUAUAACAUCACAUCGCUAGCCGGGGCGACUCUGCAAGAAGAGCAAGAACGUGAGCUUUCACCGGAGAACGAGAGGGAGCAGGAGAUAGAGCGGCCACGACCUGUGGAACCAUGCCGCCACACGAUUCAUCCCAUUAUCCGGAGCUUUGUGCAAAGUGGGAACCUAUCACCCUCAGGACGGACAACAGCGUACCAAGAUGCCUUCGCUAGCUUGCACUCCACCAGCGCUGGAGAGCAUACAGGGAUCGAAGAAUGGCCGAAGAAUGAGCUCCUGGUCUCUCGCGACUUCGCGAAAACAGUCCAGAUCAAAGAACAUGAGACGUCCGAUUUCUAUGUUCGGCCAGUGAAUUGGAUCAUCAGUCGCACCAACGCCCGCGGAGAAGGCACUUACCUAAUCAUCAGCCCGACAGAGGCAAACGAACUGCUUCCAUCUAUCAUGGACUAUCGACAAGUAACCCUACAUACCUACAGCCCCCGCACCCGACUCUCCAUGCGCUCGUUCGAGGACCUCUCGUUCUUCGCCCUUCCUGCAUUCUUACCUGCGGCUCUCCCGUCACAACUGAUUCCCGUCCCAACUUUGGUAAAUCUCUUCGCGGGCCAGCUCUACUUUCGAAGCUGGGAUGAAUACGAGCGAGUGCGUCUGUUCCUAGGCCUCUGCUAUGAAACGGAACAUGCAAGAAGUGAUGGGUUCGUUAUGCCGCGAGAUAGGAGCAUGGUGGCGCAUGCGCUGGAGGACUGUCGCUUCGCCGUCUCGCCGAUUGGUUUCUUGAGGGCGCUGGUGGGUAUUCGGCGAAAGGGACAAAGUUUCGAGAGGUCACACAUGGGUACCCUGCUACGAGGAGAGGGGGUCAGCUUGGACGAGCUAGUCGAAGCGUAGAUGGUGAGCUGGGUAUCCGUAAGGCGAACGUGAAGGGGGAUGUUAUGACCUCCCCUAACUGUGAGGCGCUGGGCUAUUCUAGUGUCACGACUAUCACAGAGGGCCAGGAACAAUGUGGUGGAGUUGAGGUAUCGAAGGUUAGGAGAGGGAGAGGGGCGUCGGACGCGCGAGCUUGCUAAAGAAUACUUCAGCUUGCUAUGGCAGAUGACAUGGCUCAGGUACUGCUAACUGUUUGAGGAUUGUGAACCAAAUCGUCGUACGCUUUCUGACCUUGCCGCGGCUAUGGUGAAGUCACUUCAGCAGGCGCACCAUAUAGAGAUUUACGAGCAGCGAAAGGAUUCGGAAGUUAUCGAUGGGCGCAUA